GUUCGCAGGUAUCAAAGUAACAAAAGCAAAACUACAUGGUUGUAAAUGGUAAAAUCAGAACGUAACUAGGUACCCUCAAAUCUCAAUCUCUUGUUACCCUGCGCUUCCUUGAUGACAGAGCUUCUUCUUUCUCAAUCUCCCCACAAACAAUGGCAGAAAGCUUACCAAAAACCCUAAAUAAAAGGGAACCCAUCUCUCAGAAUUGAAUCUCUUGCGUUUUAAUUUAAUCACUUCGAUCAGACAAUAACUGCUUUCAUCUGGUGGUUUAAUCGUCCAUUUUUCUCAACCCCUCUUUGUCGUGUUUAGAGCUUCAAAGCUUUCAUUUUUCUCAAAUUAUCGCCAAUACUCAAUUCAACCACCCUGUUGUUCGUUUUACAUUCAAGUUUCUCUCAUAAUCGCGCAUCAAAUAUUUAGGGCUCUAUCUUGUACCUUUUUACUGGAAAGAAUUCGAAAUGGAUUAUGGUCGAGAAAGUGGAAACGUUGUCCAGAUAAUCACCGGAGGGUCAAGAAACGGCGGUGAUUAUUGGGGGGAUCAACCCGUAUGGGCAACUGAAGACGAAUAUGGUGUUUGGGAUAGAGAAGCAUCCAUUGAUAACACUUCUAAUUCCAAUUACGAUGGAAGACAAUCACAAACAAGAUCCGGAAGCGAUACACCAAACAAGAAAAGAAAUGGUCAAGGAGGUGAUGCACAAGCCACAAGUCGAUCAAAAGCAAUUGGAAAAAUGUUUUUCAAAACAAAAUUAUGUUGCAAAUUCAGAGCAGGAACUUGCCCUUACAUUACAAACUGUAAUUUUGCACAUAGCAUUGAAGAACUAAGACGUCCUCCACCAAAUUGGCAAGAAAUUGUGGCUGCUCAUGAGGAAGAAAGGGCAGUUUCGUCCGAACCAAGAGAAGAAUUUCAAAUUCCAUCACUCGGGUCUUCUAGUUUUACAGUUGAUAGUCAAAGAUCUUAUAAAGGAAGACACUGUAAGAAGUUUUAUACCGAAGAGGGGUGUCCUUAUGGUGACAACUGCACGUUUCUUCAUGAUGAGCAAUCUAAAGCUCGUGAAAGUGUUGUAAUAAGCUUAGGUCCUGGAUCUGGUAGUGGGUAUGGCGGUGCAGGCGGCGGCAGUGGUGGUGGUGCUGUGGUUGUAGUAGCCGGUGGCGGCGGCGGUGGUGGUGGACCCGAGGCGGCUGGAUCAAACUCCAUGUUGAAGCCUUCGAAUUGGAAGACAAGAAUAUGUAACAAGUGGGAACAAACAGGGUAUUGCCCAUUUGGGAGCAAGUGUCAUUUUGCUCAUGGUGCUGCAGAACUGCAUCGAUAUGGUGGGGGGCUUGUUGAUAUAGAAGCUAAAGAUUCUUUGAGUUCAAUGGAUCCAAAUAAUAAUAAUAAUAAUAAUAAUAGUAAUAAUAAUAAUAAGCAAGGGGUAAUUUCGUCCAAAACACCUGCUGAAUCUGUAGUGGCUGCUGCUGGUCCUUUAGAUGGUUACCAUGUUGGGGUUCCUUCGCAGCGGUUGCCUGGUGUUAUUCCGAGGACUGGACAGAGACCUUUUCAAAAGUGGAAGGGCCCCGAUAAGAUUAGUCGUAUCUACGGGGACUGGAUUGAUGAUAUUGAAUAA